AUGGACAGUCCCAAGCGAUUUGGUAUGUGGUGUCGUCGCAAGGACGACUCAUGGAGCGAUUUUGAACUCAUCAUGGAAUUCCCAGACGGGUCUCGAAGAAUUUAUACGUACAGUGUGACUGGUCCUACAAAAGAACUCAUCCUUCACGAAGAGCCAAUAGACCAGGACGAGCAACUCGAUAGCGACACUAAGAAAAUUGGACAAAUGCGUAAGAAAGACGUCGACGAGGCCAUCGCCAUUCUCACACACUUUGAAUAUGCAGAUAAUGCAGCCAGUCCAACGCACUGGCUACAAGACGUCAUCGAUGAGUUGUGCGCCAGGAUGCUGAUUGGCUCAGAGGCAAGACUUUUGUUUCAGGGCAUUCGAGAAGCAUAUUGA